UCUCGGAGCUGUUGAGAGGGUGAACCGCUCCUAGCGACGACGCCACGCCGUGUGUAGAUAUUAUUGUUGUAGAUGAUAGCAAUGGGUAGUUCAAGCGUGCAGCGCUGAGGCUUGUUGCUUUUUUUGGCCAAAUGCCACGUUGCCGAGCGAACAGUUGAGGGCUUCGUUAUUGGCGUUGCAGCAGCUGCAAUGUGGAGGUCUUAUUCAUCAGCGCAGCCUGGAAAUUCCCCUGGCUGCUUUCCAAACGCGGCGGCCUUGUUUGGCCCCACCUCCCGCGCCUCUUUCGAGCUUGGCGAGGACGAUGCCCAGAAUUCUAGCAAAGUUCGCAUGGUUAGCCGUGUGGCCAACGGCUUUCGGUCCAGCUCGCUCCCAACGUCUUUCGUCCAAGGCGAACAGGCAGAGAGUGAGGAGGCAGCGCAGGCUUACGCGGCGUGGCAGGAAAGCCACCCCUGCAUACUAACGCAUUUCGACUCGUUCAAAGCCGCCGUUGAGGGCAAACGGCUUGCGGUGUUUCUGGACUAUGACGGCACGCUGACGCCCAUUGUUUCCAACCCGGACGAAGCAAAAAUGAGCGAGGAGAUGCGCGACGUGGUGCGGUCCGUCGCACGAGCGUUUCCAACGGCCAUCAUCAGCGGUCGGGGACGGGAAAAGGUUGAGGGCUUUGUGCAAUUAAAGGAGCUAUUCUACGCUGGGAGCCACGGAAUGGACAUUGUGGGGCCCCGGGUGCGGGCUGACGGGUGUUGCGCCAGCAGCAGCGACGUCUUCCAGUCGGCCUUCCAACCGGCGGCGCACUUCCGGCCGCUCAUAGACGAUGUGUACGAGCGACUGCGGGAACGGUUGAAGGACGUGCCGGGGUCGAGUGUGGAGCACAACAACUUCUGCGUGAGCGCGCACUUCCGCAACUGCCCCGGCGAGGCGUGGCAGACGGUGAUCAGCACGGUGGAGGAGCUGGUGGGGCAGCACGAGGAGCUGCGCAUGACGCGGGGCAGGAAGGUGGUGGAGGUGCGGCCCAAGGUUGACUGGCACAAGGGCACCGCUCUGUCGCACCUGGUGCAGGCGCUGGGGCUGCACUCGCAGCCGGACGUGGUGGCCAUCUACGUGGGGGACGACCACACGGAUGAGGACGCGUUCAGGACGCUGGAGGAGACGCAGCAGGGCUUCGGCAUCCUGGUGAGCACGCGCGCCAAGCCCACCCGCGCUCGCUUCACGGUGCGCGACCCCGCCUGCGUGCAAGCCUUCCUGUCGGGCAUCGUGGAGUGGUCCAAGUCGGGCAGCAACGGCUGGCACGCCAACCCGCACUGCAACGGAUGGAGCAUGGCGGGGGCAGCGGGAGCAGCUGCAGCGGCGGCGGCGGCGGGGGGGACAGGAGCUGCAGGGGCGACGGUAUGAUGCCCGGGGCGGCGGCGCGCUGACGAUGGUGGGAAUGGCGUGGUAAGGAGGGUACGAACGAGUGCAAGGAGCACAGGUUAUAGGGGAGGUAGGCGUGCGGGCGACGGGGUGGGGUCGGCGGGUGGUGGAACUGGGUGCAGGUCACUGCAGCUGCACACUCCAGCAGAAGCAGCAGGAGCUGCAGCUGCGGUGGCAGAAGAUUGCUGCGAGAGUGGGGAAUCAGGAAGACGGAGGCGGGGUAAUGUAAGCAUCGGAGACUGAUCGGUCAGGAAGGUCGGGGUUGGGGAUUCACCCGGGGUGGGUGUUUCACGACACGUCACCGGGAGGGGGGGAGACGGGAGGUGGAGCUGUAGUAGUACGAACUGGGGACGAGAGGGUGCGUAAUCGAGACGUAAGUUUGAAGACGUCGUAAAUGAAUCAUUCGAGUUGUUGUUUUGCCAAGGGGGAAAAGCUUCGAAGGGGUAUACGUGCUCAGUGUAGGGAUGUGAGGAGGGUGGGCACUAGGAGGGUGCGGAAGGAGGGCCGAUUUUGGUGUGGCCCUGUCGUGUGGGGAGUCGGACAUUUCGGUCGGGACGUUGGCUCGCAUGCGGCAUAUGAUGCUGUUGAGUUCACGUGCACUCGCAGAAGGCCCUGGGAGGCGGCAUUCCGCAAGUCUGCCCGCUCCGUGUAUUGCAUCGACGCGCGCCAGAUUGGCCGGACGUGCAGGAGAGUUGGGGGCUGUGAUGCCGCGCCGCUAGACGCCGAAGUUGUACCAUUAUACCGGUCGUGAGAGUUCUUCGGACAGUGGUGUUGUGAAUAGUUUAUAAGAAUACUUCAUUGUUUCGACGUUGCCGCAAUAGUAGUACACUCUGGACAUUCAGCCAUCGCUGGGAUCGAAACUGUGGACGCGAAGUCGCCAGUUCCAAUUUUGUCGUUUCUGGUUGUGCUUUUUCGAGGCAGGCCAGAACCCACGCCUGGGUCUUGCUUAACUUACAUGAGUGUAAACAAAACGUUUA